ACUCCGGCAAUGUCUGCAUCACCAUCAGUGGGCGAUGAGGCCCCCAUCAACGCGGUGCUCACCGACGACGAGCUCCGUGCGGUGCUCGCCAGGCUGGGGCCCGAGUCGGAACGUGACGCGUUCGGGCUCGUGUGCAAGCGCUGGCUCCAGAUCCAGAGCUCCGAGCGGCGCCGCCUGCGCGCGCGCGCCGGUCCGUCCAUGCUGCGCAGGCUAGCAGCGCGCUUCCCGGGCAUCCGCGAGCUGGACCUCUCCCAAUCGCCGUACCGCUCGUUCUACCCUGGUGUUAUCGACGACGACCUGGACGUCAUUGCCAGGGGCUUCUGCAAUCUGCGAGUCCUCGCUCUGCAGAACUGCAAAGGUAUCACUGAUGUUGGAAUGAUCAAAUUAGGGGAUGGGCUGCCAUUUCUACAAACCCUAGAUGUCUCUCACUGCAGAAGGCUUAGUGACAGAGGUUUAAAGGUGGUUGCAUUGGGAUGCCGGCAUUUGAGACAGUUGUACAUCACAGGUUGCAGAUUAAUAACUGAUAAUUUGUUGCAUGCUGUAUCAAAAAGCUGUUCAAAUUUGGAAGAGCUUGGGGCUGCGGGAUGUAACAGCAUAACAGAUGCUGGAAUCUCAGCUCUAGCUGAUGGUUGUCAUAAUAUGAAGUCGCUGGACAUAAGCAAAUGCAAUAAAGUUGGUGAUCCUGGAGUUUGCAGAAUUGCGGAGGUUUCUUCGUCAUCUCUGUUAUCACUGAAGUUGUUGGAUUGCAGCAAAGUAGGCAAUAAGUCCAUCUAUACACUAGCUAAGUUCUGCUGCAACCUAGAGACUCUCAGCAUCGGUGGAUGUCGGGAUAUUAGCGAUGAGCCCAUAGAAGCACUAGCUCUUGCCUGUUGCAGCAGCCUCAGGAGCAUAAGAAUGGACUGGUGCUUGAAAAUAACAGGCGCCUCACUGAGAAGUCUGCUGCGUAACUGUAAACUUCUUGCAGCUAUCGAUGUCGGGUGCUGUGACCAUAUAACUGAUGCGGCAUUCCAGGGAAUGCAAACAAACGUGUUUCAGUCAGAACUGAGAGUUCUGAAGAUCAAUAAUUGUGUUAGCAUCACGGUUGCGGGAGUGAGCAGCGUGAUAGAAUCAUGCAAUGCACUGGAGUACCUAGAUGUCCGAUCAUGCCCUCAGGUUACAAGGCAGAGCUGCGAGCUAGCUGGGUUGCAGUUUCCUGGUGGCUGCAAGGUGAACUUUGAAGGUAGCUUGUCUGAGUCUGAUUCAUCUGUUGAUAGGUUCUUCUAGGAUCACUUAGAACUCAGUACUAUCCAAGAUUAAGAGUAGUUGUGCAUUGCUCAACUCAGGGCCUGUAUUGUAGAAAGUAGCAUCGGGGCUCAUGCAGUGAGCUGUAUUUGAAUGAUUAAGAAAAGUAUGAUUUGUGUAAAAUUGAACAACUUCAACUGAACAACGUUUCCUGAGGUUGAUAAAAUACUUUCCUAUUUUUUCCAUUUC